UCUAUAACAACAAUAAUUUAACAGUCGUCCACCACUUUCACCUUAUAACCAUUCUCCUCUUCCUCUUCUCUUCCUCCCCCUAAAGAAUUCCAUGGAGAGCAGUUGUAACAGUGAAGAAUCAAGGGCAAUAGUAGCCACAUUUUCAAGAAAAGAUAAGAGGAUGACUCAAAAAGUGUCUAAAAGGCAAAAAAGGAUGAGAGAAAGUGGCUAUAUUGUUAAUAAUAAUGAGAAAAAUGAAGAAGAAGAAGAAGAUAAGGAAGAGGUGGAAGAGAAGAUCUUGGCAUUGCAAAAAAUAGUACCAGGAGGAGAAACACUUGGGGUUGAUAUGCUAUUUGAAGAAACUGCUGGCUAUAUUUUGCAAUUGCAAUGUCAAGUUAAAGCACUUAAAGUGCUUGCUAGUUUUGUUGAAGGGACUGAGAAAGAAAAGAUGAAGCUUGGAGGUUAAAAAUGUAAUUUUCUUUUUAAUUUUUGUUUUGGUACAUUUUGGUUAGUAAUCAAAGACCAAGUUAGCGUCUU